GAGCUCUGAAGCAUUCCUUCGUCUGUCUCUCCUUGAUCUUAGGGAUAAUCUCUCCAAUCUCCCAUGACUUGGGCAGUUUAAUAGAUUUAUAUGAGCCCUUGCCUGAUUUUCCCUUGCUGUAUCCCUUGCUAGAUUUUCCCUUUGAUUUGCUCUUGCUCCUCUUUCUUCUUCCUUUUCCUCCCUUGGCUGAUUUACCUCCUUUGCUUGAUUUUCCUCCUUUGCUUGAUUUUCCUCCUUUGCUUGAUUUUCCUCCUUUGCUUGAUUUUCCACCAGAUUUGCAUUUGGAUUUUCCACCCUUGGAUUUACACUUUGAUCCUUUACAUUCACAUUCAUCAAUGAUCUCUUCACUUUUACAUUUCUUUGAUUUACCUUUGCUAUCUUUACACAGGCAUUUACCAUCUUUGCUCUUUCCUCCAGUGCAUUCCUUUGAUUCAGGUUUUUCUGGCUUCUUGCAGCCUGCUCCUUUGCAAAUCUUGCAGAUUUGUUUAGGUGGAGGUUUAACAUCAACUUCACAACUUCCCUUGCUGUACUUUCCAGAUUUUCCUGAUUUCCCUCCUUUUCCUUUAGAGUUGCACUUUGAUCCUUUUCCAGAAUAUUUUGAUUUUCCUCCUGAGUAUUUGCCUGAUUUACCUUUUGACUUUCCUUUACUCUUGCUCCUCUUUCUUCUUCCUUUUCCUCCCUUGCUUGAUUUUCCUCCCUUGCUUGAUUUUCCUCCCUUGCUUGAUUUUCCUCCCUUGCUUGAUUUUCCUCCUUUGCAUGAUUUUCCUCCCUUGCCUGAUUUUCCUCCCUUGCAGGAUUUUCCUCCUCUGAUUAUGUCUUUAUCAUCAGGGAUCUCCCUUGUUUUGGGUUCAAUAUCUUCACAGACACAGUUUUCAUCCUGAAAAUGACAGUUUCAUAUGUUAUU